UCUCAUUUCACGGCGACUGCUCACGGUGAUCUUUGCGUGCCACGCGCGAGACGUAAGGGCAGAACAGUAAUUGCGAGGACUAUAUAUAGGCAGCCAGUUGUUAUGCUCACGCCUUUUGUUCGUACAGUCGGAAAAAGAGAAGUGCAAAAAAGGGCUAAUUGAGUUUCUGUUUAUCUAUCUCUCUUCUCUCUCUAUCUUUCAUUUUCUCUCUCCGCGCCCGUUUCCGAUCAAUUUAGGGUUUUUCCGAUUCCUGCCUCACUCGACUCAGCCAUGAUUUCUGAUUCGAUCCCCAACGCAUCUGUCGCCCAUGCCUCAUCUAACCCCAAAGAUUUUGCUAAGAAGAAAAGGGCCAACCGGUCGGCGAAGUUAAAGCAGUGCAAGCUUGAUGCUCGUCGGGAACAGUGGCUUUCUCAAGUGAAGAGUAAGGGUGGGUGUAAGGAGGGGGUGAAUGGUGAAGGGGGUGCACGUGGAGGUCUGAUGGACUUGGGAAACAAGAACAUGCCUAUAGAGAAGCUGGAGAUAAGUUCGAGGUGUGAGGAUGGAAUGUACAUAGAUGGAUUAUCCGUUCAUCAUUUUAGUGAUUUUGAAUCCUCACCCUCAAACAGCCCAACCAGUAGCAUAUUAGGCAGCAAUGAUUCUGGCGUCAAUUUCACUUCCAGUAGCCGAAGCAGCAGCAGAAGUGGUCGAAGCAGUAGCUGUAGCACUAAUGGUUGCUUUUCGGGUAUCAUGAGUGAGGAAGAUGAAGGGAAUGUUGGUGAUGAUGGUUGCUUGGAUGAUUGGGAAGCUAUGGCUGAUGCCUUGGCUGCCACCGAAGACAAGCAACCAGGCCGUAAUCCCAGCUCAGGAUAUGGUUUACCUGUGGAGAAGCAUGGAAAUACUGUGGUAUGUAGUUCUGAGAUGAGUUUGGCUAAACAGCGUGAGAAUGAUAUUCCAAGUGAAAAGCAAGAGAGUGGUGGGACAUCCGUGCAGAUAUCUCAAGCAAAAUGCCAGGCUUGGAGACCUGAUGAUACAUUUAGGCCUCAGAGUUUACCCAAUUUGUCAAAGCAAUUUUGUAUUCGGUUAAAUUCAAAUCGGCAUUUUGGUCUAGGAGGUUCCGUUUGGGGCUGUAAGAAUAUUGGGCCAGUCCCUACAUCAUGUCCGAUUUGCUAUGAGGAUUUUGAUUUCACAGAUUCAAGCUUUAUCCCGUGUCUCUGUGGAUUCAGGCUCUGCCUUUUCUGUCACAAGAGAAUUCUUGAGGAAGAUGGGCGUUGUCCUGGCUGCAGAAAGCAGUAUGACUGUAGCCCUGUCGAGGGAGAGGCCACAUUGGAUGGAGGGAGCUUGACUUUUCGACUUACUCGUUCUUGUAGCAUGACGACAAGGUCCUAGAAAGAGUCCCCGUUCUUUGAUCUGUAUGUUAGGUCUCUCUUUUUUCUUGGUGUGCGAUGCGUUUGUCCUUGCUUUAAAACUGUUCUUCGCAGUCCUAGAUAUUGGUAUAGAAAUUUGAUUUUGGAGCACAAAGAAAUUUAUAUAGUACUCUUAUGGUUUCAGAGUUGCUUAUAUAUAUAUAUUGUGUUAUCAUGUGAA